UUCUCUCUCAACCUUCUCUUUCCUCAAUCUCUCUCAGAAUUCUCUCUCCUCUCUCUUCAGCAAGGCAAAAAAAUUUCCCUUAAAGAGUCCCCGUUCAUUUAACCCCAAUCCUCAUAUCUUUGAAAUGGAUGAUGAUGGUUUUCGCAAUUGGGGUUACUAUGAACCAGCAGCUGCUACGUCAUUCAAAGGCAAUCUCGGUUUGCAGCUAAAGCCCAGCAUUGAUCGGAACACUAAACCGUUUUUACCCGGUCGUGACCCGAAUCUAAUGAUCGGGCAAAACGGGUCAUACCACCACCACGACCCUGAGCCUCCUAUCAACAUGAACUACAAUUGGAUUAACCAACAAAAGGACAAGUUCUUCAACAUGCUGCCUAUAACAACCACUCCUAAUUACGGAAACAUCCUCCCCGAAACUUCUUCAGCUCCAUCAAUGCGUCAUUAUCCAACCACCGAGGAAUACCCGGUUAAAUCCGAACAAGUAGAAGAGAUUGUUCAGACCAGUAAGAAGAGAAAGCCUAAUACAAAAGCUCCCGCCACAACAAAGGCCAAGAAGCCUAGGAAACAAAAAGAGGAGAACGACAAGAGCACUAACACGAAACCGGUUAAGAAAAGUGUAGACUUCGUUAUUAACGGAGUGAACAUGGAUAUUUCCGGUUUACCUGUACCGGUCUGCACUUGCACUGGAUCUUCUCAGCAGUGUUACCGUUGGGGCUGUGGUGGUUGGCAAUCCGCGUGUUGCACUACAAACAUAUCGAUGCAUCCGUUACCGAUGAGUACUAAACGUCGUGGAGCGAGGAUCUCGGGGAGGAAGAUGAGUCAAGGCGCGUUUAAGAAGGUUCUUGAGAAACUUUCUUCUGAUGGGUUUAACUUUGGGAAUCCGAUUGAUCUUAAGAGCCAUUGGGCUAGACAUGGGACUAACAAGUUCGUCACGAUCAGAUGA